AUGCCACCUAAUUCCUCUGCGGUACCCAACAUUGCACCGGUUAGCCGAAGCCAGUUACUGGAGGACUUCCGCAACUCCACUUCACGUUUUCAACACAUACCCCUGUCGGAGCUCCGUGACCACAUUGUAGAAUUUGCACGGGAUCAGCACGGUUCCCGCUUCAUUCAGCAAAAACUCGAGACCGCUACUGUCACGGAGAAGAAUGUCGUCUUCGCGGAGAUAUUGCCUCAGGCUGGGAAGUUGAUGACGGACGUGUUUGGUAACUAUGUCAUCCAGAAGUUCUUCGAGUUCGGGACUGACGAGCAGAAGGAGCUGCUAUCUCAGUGCCUGCACGGCCACGUAGUAGAGUUUGCUAUGCAAAUGUACGGCUGCCGAGUCAUCCAAAAGGCCCUGGAAUCAGUCCCACUGGAGGCUAAAAUUCGUAUCAUUGGCGAACUGCGUCCCUGUGUGAUGCGCUGCGUCAAAGAUCAAAAUGGAAAUCACGUGAUUCAAAAGUGCAUUGAAUGUGUACCGCCACCGGAACUGGAUUUCAUCAUAUUUGCUUUUAGAAAUCAGGUAAGGACAAUUCCCUUCUGUGUGUUAUGA